AGAAAUUGCAGAGGUUUGGAAGUCCGUUUUGGCUAAAAAUCCCUGAAGCACCAGUGGAGGAGAGGCAUAUCUUUGAUAAUAUGGAUACACCAGCUCGAAUGCAGGCUUUCUUUCAAAAACGCAAUGCGAGGGGACGUAGAAGUGGAAGAGGAUCGAAACAACAAAAUAGAGAGCCAUGGCAAGCUCCUAUAGCCGACCAGUAUGGUGAAGACGGUCGGGAUAAUUCUCCAAAAGUUAUGACCCCUACAGUAUUCAAGCCGAAGAAGCGGAAACGGGAAAAGCUUAUUAUCGACAAUUCACAAUAUGAGAAGCUGCCGAUGUGUGGUAUCGAAGUUCGGUUACCGGUUGGUCUCAAGCCUUACCCAUCGCAAAAGCUUAUGAUGGUGCGAAUACUUACUGCUCUGACAAAGAAGCUGAACCUAUUGGCUGAAAGCCCUACUGGGAGUGGUAAAACGAUGGCGUUGUUGGCAUCGAGCUGUGCUUGGAUAGAAGGUUACAAGAGAAAACGAAAUGAAGCUAGAACAAGCUGCCCAAUUCACAGAAGCGGUGGAGAAGCUGAUAUGGCUAUGGCUUCUGGACUACCAUCAGAUCUUCCAACAAAACAAGAGCCUCAUAGUCCAGAGAUAUAUGCUGAUAACAUCAAGCUGGAAACGAAAGUGGAGCCUACUCCGGACACUCCUCAGUACAAGCCAUCUUUGCCUUAUGAUGACGAAUUUUUCAAUGACUUUGCAAGCAGUCCGGCUCCUAUACCUAUGAAGGCUGAAUCAUCAACGGAAAAGAGUGAGCAGAAAGCCUGUUCUUGCUUACCGAAGGUGCGAAUAUACUAUGGAACUCGCACGCACAAGCAGAUUGGACAGGUCGUUAAGGAGUUCUCGCGUUUACCAUAUGGAGGGAUAACUAGCCACACUAUUUUGGCAAGUCGGGAGCAGUCAUGUAUAAAUGUCGCGGCUAGAGAAUCAUCCGACAUCUCUGGAUACUGCAAAGAGCUCCUGUCCGCAGGUGGUAUGGGAUGUCGCUUUAAAGAUGCCAUGAAAGGACGAUUCGAAAGACCGCAGUAUAUCAGAUUCGCUCUUGACCAAACGGGUUCGACUGUGUUUGAUAUCGAAGAAUUAGUUGACUCCCUGUCGUCUAUGGCAACACCCAUAUGCCCAUAUUUCUCAUCAACUCGGAUACUCACUCAGGAUGCCGACAUCAUCUUUUGUCCAUUCAGCUAUCUUGUGGAUCCGAUAAUCCGUAAUUCCUCCGACGUCCAUCUAAAAAACAGUGUUGUGAUUCUCGAUGAAGCUCACAAUAUCGAGGAUAAUUGUCGAGAAGCCGCUAGUUUCACUUUUUAUGAGAAAGAGAUAUCAGACUCUCUGGGCAAUUUAAGAGAAAAGGAGAAUAUGACCUUGAAACUACUGGAAAAAUCUAAUGGUGCUCUUGAGUUGAUGGAAGGCAUGGAAAAAGAGUCGGAAAACUACCUUAUUGAAAACUACUCGACAGAUCUGGAGAGGAUAACGGCGCUUGCUCUUCUUAUGGACGAUAUAUCCAAAUGGUUUCGGGAUUCGGCGUCAAAGCUUUUGAGCAGUGCUAGAGUUGAUGGUUCUGGAAAACUAUCCAAUACAGUUAACCAUGGUUAUAUCGAAGUGGAUUUGAGGCGUUUUCAUUUGCAUCCAGACGAUUCUCGAUACGAAGUUGCUGAGGCUGCGUACAGAGGGCUGCUUUCAAGCUAUCAGGAGCGCCAGGAUAGUCGCCCUCCUGACAAUAAAAUCAGUUCAGUUGCGAUCGUUUGUUUGGAGAAAUGGUUCUAUUUUACUGAGUAUUUCAAGGACGAGAAAAAAAGAAGCAUGUACAAGUUGAAUGUCUGUAGCGAGAAAGUCUAUCAGUAUCAUGAGCGAGGAGGUUAUAUCCAAGGCGAAGGUCGGCGAGAUGGACAGGCUGGCCCCAAGAAUCUCAAUUAUAGCCAGAUGACUGGCGAUGAAGCAGACGUGUGGCUUUCUUCGACUCAAGGACCUUCAGGACAUGAACCCAUCCGCGCCGGCUAUCGAACAUCAUUCAGCUUAUGGUGCAUGUCACCAGAAUUGGCUUUCACCAGCGCAUUCUCUGAAUGCCGGUCCGUAAUUCUGGCAUCUGGUACACUUUGUCCUGUAGAAACUUUGAAGACGGAAUUGGGUCUGAAGUUUCACUCUCAGAUGGAAGGAGAGCAAGUUAUUCCUUCCGAACAGAUUUUCGCUGCAGUUUUGCCAGUGGGCCCUUCUGGACACCAUUUGUGUGCAACAUAUCGCAAUGUUUCCGAUGGCAGCAGCCCUUUUGUCAGCGAGUUAGCAUUGAGUAUACGUACAAUCUGCCAAACCGUACCAAAGGGUAUACUUUGUUUCUUCCCGAGUUACCGCAUGUUGACGCUGGUAUUUGAGUACAUGGAAAAUGCUUCAAUUCUACGACAAGUCCAGCAACGGAAGGUGGUAGUGAAAGAACCUCGUCGCUCCUCGGAUUUACCUGCUGUGAUGGAAAUCUAUGAGGAUGCUGUACGGAAUCCGGCUCAUCAUGGGCGACAUGUUGAUGGUGCUCUGAUGUUUGCUGUUUUCCGAGGAAAAGUGUCAGAAGGUAUUGACUUUGCUGAUGAUCUUGCUAGACUAGUAAUAUCUGUUGGGAUCCCGUUUCCUAAUGCAAUGGAUGAUUUAGUGAAAGAGAAGAAAGUUUAUAAUGAUGAGUUCUGUAAAACUAAAGCAUUACUUACUGGAGAUCAGUGGUAUGUAUCGCAAGCUUAUCGAGCCUUGAAUCAAGCGCUUGGAAGAUGUUUGCGGCAUCGAAACGACUGGGGUGCUUUGGUACUAGUUGAUGAACGUCUGACCGCGCAAGCAGUGAGAUCUGGAGGAAAAGUUGUGUCAUCAGCUCGUGUAUCGACAUGGAUUCAGAAACAGUUGCAUGUGUUCCACCAGUUUACAGACUUCGAAACGUCAUUAGCGGACUUCGUUAGACGCAUGCAGCUAAAAGAUGAAGAAAGGCAGUUUGAAAUUUCGGAUGAUUUUUGACUGUGAUUUGAUCUCUCGCACUUUUGUUUCGGAUCUUACAACUGUCACGUGCCGGUUUCUUUGAUUUUUUGAUUGCCUCUACUCCUGGUGUUCAUGGCGGGUGAUAACCACUGCUCUUACCAAUGUGUCUUUUGAUUAAUGUGCGCCAAAUGGCGUUGAAUGGAUUUCACAUGUUUUAUUAUUACUUUGCUUAAUAAAAUUUGAUGGCA